AUGUCAAUGGAACAUUCCACAGGCAGCAAUGCUGACAGGCGCCCCGUCCACGAUGCUCGUCAUGUCGAGGAGGCGCCUCGAUUGUCGAGGCCAGUCCGGCCACAGGAGCACCCGCCACCCGAAGCACGCCCGCAUUCUCAAGCGCCGCCUCAACAGACUGAGAGCUCGCAGCUGAUCGGGCGGCGUAACCCCUUGACGGCCCCCAUGAUAUCUUCUGCGGCUCUGUCCAGUCCCAAGUCUACGCCCGAGAAUGACGCCAGCUCUACCAGCUCGGCUGCCGAUACCGUGCUCGCUUCCCCGCUCUCACCAACGGCCGCUGUAGGGGCUGUGUCUGUCCCAAUACUUGACGAGGCGCCAUCGAAGCGCAGUUCGCUUGUGCUCGACGAUGCGGCCUCCGAGAAGUCUGUGUACUACACACCUAGAAACUCGUUCUACUUCAAUGGCAACGGGUCAGGAGCGACGCUCAACUUUUCGGCGGUUGGCGAGAAGUUCGAUGUGGCGGCAGAUCCGGAAGAGCCCUUCGAGAUGCCAGGGGCAUGGUCUUGGGAAGACGAGACGGCAGGCGAGCGUGCCCCACUGGCCAAGGUAGCUCGCGAGCUUACGCUUCAGCGCCUUGUUGGGGGGCCAGAAGGGGCACCUCGGUCGAUGCCAUCACCAGCACCGUCAGCUGUCGCCCCUGCAGUUGCACUUGUGGAGGCCGCUCCUGUCUUGGCGCCCACCGCUCCGGAAAAAUCCGUCUCUCCGCCAUUAUCGAGUGCACCAACGUCUCGGGAAGCUCUAGACGGCUCAGUGGGACAUAUUGGGUCCGACGAUGGGUCAUACGAGACUGCAGAAGGGUUCAGUCCCGGACAGUCUGCUGAUCCCGUGAACGGCGUGCCACAGGGCGUCACACCUUCGGAUGGGACAGAGGAGGUGGAAACGCCGCAAGUUCAGUUCACGGAACUGCCGACCUUCCAUCUCCAACCUCCCACGCCUGCAACAGUCACAGAUGGUGUGAUGGACAGCCCGUUCCACGACCUUGACUCGCCUCCCUUGGAGCGCGAGUUCGACAUGUCGCAAGAGCGCGAAGCGUACGAACAGGAAGGAUCAGCCCCGGUGCCGCGCAGCCCUGCGACAUCGGCAUCAAGCUUCCUGGACGACGAACUGGAUCUGGACAGCUUCGCGCCGGACGAGAUUGCGUACUACACCCCCGAUGGGCCCGUAGUGGCUGAGGCACAACCGCGCCCGAGCGCCGCCGCCGCGCCGUCUAGACCCGCCAGAACAACCGCAGCACCGGCCGAUGACACGCCUAAGUGGUACGAGCCGCACGAAAAGAGCAAGCCGAGAUCGCGCACGACCUCGCUCGUCCGGCGCUCGACCUCUGGCUCUGGCGUGGACGCCCCUUCCACCCCGCCUAAAAGCAAGCGAGACCGAGGCGGCCGUGUGAGCGGCGCGUACGUGCAGGUGAUCAACCGCCCGACCACCCCUGGAGUAGUGACGCCUGAGAAGCCUGCCAAGACCAGAGCCGCAGCGAUGGUCGACAACUACACGUCGUCGCUACAGCGGUCCGGCUCAAAGCGGAGCGUGCGGUCCUCCAAGUCGACGCGUUCAGAGCGGAGCGGCACGGUGUCGUCGCAGCGCACCAUCGUUCCCGACAAGCCGGAGAAGCGCGCUGCGACGCCCCGGAUGAAGUCGCCGCAGCCACCGCGCGUGGCUGCAACGCAGCCAUUGCAGCCCAAGCCGCGCCGCGCGCCGGCUUCGGCCUCGUCUUCGCGGCCGAUGUCGCCUAUCGUUGCUCCGCCGGCCCAGCCUGAGUACGGUGCUCCGCGCGGCUUGUCCUACACCCCCGACGAGCCGCAGCUCCUAAGCCCGCCCGAGUCACUGGGGCGAUCGUCGCUCUCAUCCGAGUCUCGACGACCCAGUUUGAGGCAUAAUGACUGGCAUGACGUGCAGCAAGCUGCCCCUCGACCGGGGUCGGGCAACAGUUCCGAGGUAUCGGGCCCAUCUCUCGCUUCGGGUCCUGGGCCUCUCAACCGGGCCGUAAUCGGCCAAGGCGGAUGGGCAGCAGCCGCUGCCGAGCCGAUCAAGAUGUUUGUGCCGACUGACGGGGACGGAUGGGCCGCGUUUCAGCCACUUCCGCCCCGGUCGCGGGCCACCCCGCUGCCGGGGUCGCGAAACUCGUCAUUUGAUCUCGGCGGCAGGUCAUCCUCGUCGGCGGCAAGCUCGUCCCUUGCUCAGAGCGCGUCGGGUUCUGUCGCUGGCGCACCGCAAGGCUCGCAGGUGAUCAGUCCUCCUCUCAGCGCGGUCGGUAAUAUGACAUCCCCGACCUCGAGCGUCAGUGGGCGCCCACCGAAGUCGCGCCUCAGGACAAUGUAUCAUGCCUCAGAGCACUACGAGUCGGACGAGGGCGAGAUCCCGUCGAGAUCGUACGCCUCGCCACCUCCUGACCACCCGGGCAGCACGGAGCAGCAGCGCACUGCCUGUGCUGAUGACCGCGGUCCGCCUACCGUUCACGUUGGCGGGAAGGACCACGCCGAGCACUACGACUAUGCCUCUGAGCACUCCAACUCGCAGACGUCCCCUGCGAAAACGAACGGGCGGUGGCCAGCCGACGCGUUUUAUGACCGGAGCGAGCGCGGCAAAGCCCCGUCUCGACCGCCAAGCUCGCGGUCGUCCCAGUAUUCUGCGCCGUCGAUGUACUCGGCAGCGUCAGCGCCCCCUGGUCGUCUCAACUCGCCCCUUCCGCCACUCCCCGCGGACGCGUCGCCAUACGAGGCUGCUGCGCGAGCCCACGCCGCCCGCCUCGGCCUCGCCUCCAGCCUGAACCCGAACGUUCUCACGGUGCUGCCGGAGAUGAGCAUUCAGGACUCGAACGAGCUGUAUCUCCCACAGCGGAGGAACAGCCACAGGUUCGGCUCCUCGGCGUCCGAACUGGGCGCCAGAGGAAACAUGUCGCCCAAGCGCUCCGCAUCCAUGUUCAACGUCAAGCGCUACUCGUGCGCCGCGUCGGAUAUUGGGCAUGGCCCGAGGGAGUACGCGUCCUCGGAGUUUGCGCGCCCCGGGUUCGCCGACGACAUUGAACGGCGGCAUAGCUUCGACCCGCGGCGCGGUAGUGUUGACUCGCGAAGUGAGGCUCGUGCACCAUCGCGCUCACAAUCUUUCCGUGCGCCGUCGCGCACGGGGGAUUACAACCCCGGCGAUGUCGUCGCGCCCUCUCACGGCACUGGCGUGAUUUCGCUGGACUCGCCCAGUGUUAGGCCGCUCAACAACUACCCGCUCAUGGAGAGUAACGGUUACGACCAGACGCAGCAGAACGGAUACACCAACAUGGUGCUUCCAAAAGGCGGAAGCUUCAAGCCCAGUGACCCGAUGAAGGCCAAAGGGCCAGACUUGCAGCUGCUGGGUGUGCCGCCUACAUCCAUGGCGGCUAUCACGCUGUCGUCCGCGCUGCAUACCUAUCACCUGAAGCACGAGAGCCCGACGCCUGCGCAUCUGCGAUGGACACUUCCCCCUCCCGUCGACUUCUCAACCGUCGCACCCCCGCAACACGUCUCCAACACGCAGAUACUCAUCCAGGUGUACGCGGUAGCCGUGGACUGGCUGGACAUAGCGGCGCUGGACGAGAAGCACAAGCACGACGUCGGGCGCUGGAUUCCAGGCCGUUCAUUCGUGGGACGCUGCAUCACCACGGGCGUGGACGAGAAGGAGAUUGCGCGAGGCGACGUCGUCAUCGGCCUGCUCGACAUCCGCCACUCUGGCGCCUUGGCAGAGUAUAUCGUCGUGGGCAGACGCCGCGUCGCCCGCGUCAACCCUGACACGCAUCUGGAGCUGGAGGAACUCGCCGCGCUCCCAGCGCAGGGCAUUGCGGUGCACCGCGCCAUCCGAGACGUGGGAGUGAGCCGGGGACAGCAAGCGCUAGUGAUGGACGCGCACGAGGGUCUGCCCGCCCUCUUCUGCCAAGAGCUGACGCGCAUGGGCCUGGUUGUGACGGCCAUCGUCCCUGGCGGGCGGGAGGGCGCGCAGGCCGCGGCGUUGGCGUAUGGCGCGCGCGGCGUGCUAGCCGGCUCACCCACGAGCGUGAUGCACGGCCUCCCGGAGUCCCUUUUUGCGCUCGUGAUCGAUACGGCUGGCGCGGCGGACGCAGCCCGCCGCAUCCUGUGCGAUCGAGGGCACGUGCUAUCACUGCGCUCGGGCGACGGCCCGACGCCAAAACACUCGCUGAAGAGCAAGCUGGGGCUCGCGCGAAAGAAAAACCUCAGCACAGCGUACGUCCAGCCUGCGGGCGCCGGGGACGCGCCCGUCGACGCUAGUGGCUUAGACUACCGCGACGUGCUGGAGGAGCCGGUGCUCGGCGUACUCCAUCCGGUCGUCAACGAGGUUGUGCCUUUCGAGCAGGGCGCGAGCGUGUUCGCCAGCCGGAGGAACAUGGAUCGGCUGCGCGUUGCAGUCGUGCGCAUAGUCAACUAG